AUGGCUUUAUACUGUGCAAUAUCAAAUGAAGUACCAGAAGUGCCUGUUGUUUCUCCAUCAUCAGGUGCUAUUUUUGAGAAAAGAAUUAUAGAAAAAUAUAUUAUUGAAAAUGGUGUAGAUCCGAUUAGUGGGAAAGAAUUGCGUGUGGAAGAUUUAAUUGAAAUUAAAACUCCACCAAUUGUAAAACCGAAGCCACCCAGUGCUACAUCAAUCCCUGCUACAUUAAAGAGCAUGCAAGAUGAGUGGGAUGCUCUCAUGCUACAUACAUUCACUCAACGUCAGCAAUUGCAGACAGCAAGACAGACAUACAAGUUAUUAGCACGCAGGGCGAAGGCUAAGAUGCGCACACAGCGUGCAUCUAUGCAAAGGACUGGAGGUGGUCCUCCAGCAGAUAUCUGCUGGACAGAAAUGGAGAAAAAAACAAUAAAUAUAGAGGGGACAUCAACUAUAUAUGGAUUACCUGGAGCUGUGGAAGCUGAUAUACAUUCAGACACUGAAGAAGAGCCCGCGAAGGAAGCGGCUAUGGUGGACGCGUUGACACCGACGGCGAGUCACGAUGGGGCGACUGUCGUCACUUCAAUGGCAACGGACGCGUCAUCAAUACCGACAGCAUCUCGCGUUGGUCGAAUUGCGGUAGACGCGUUGAUGGUACCAGCGGCAAAUAGGGAUCUGGCAACGAUCAGUUGCAGUCGUGAACACAUCGUGGCCUCAACUCCUGAACAGACACUGGAGGACGGCGUGGUGCGCAACACUCCGCGCCUCGCGCGCCGCAACGCGCGUCGAGCAACGCCCCGUACGCUCGUGCCGCCAGCCGAUUCAGCCACCCCGCAAGAAGAUGCCAUGAUAGCGGCUUUAAGGGAGGGAGUCAGCGCAGAUGGCUGA